CCUAAAACAAGAAGGAAACCAACCAAACCAAACCCUAAAAACCCGGGUCUUUGCUCUCUCGUCGAACUCCCUCUGCUUCUCCGAAUGACCCCACAAACCCCCACCAUCCGAUCAUAAAUCCACUCGGAGAGAUGAGCUCGAACCCAGGCUCCAGCAACUCCGGCAGCGGCGGGGUCGCCAGCACUGUCGCCGGCGGUGGACCGUGCGGGGCAUGCAAGUUCUUGAGGAGGAGGUGCAUCCCGGGAUGUGUGUUCGCCCCCUACUUCGAUUCGGAGCAAGGAGCGGCUCACUUCGCGGCGGUUCACAAAGUUUUCGGGGCGAGCAACGCUUCGAAGCUGCUGCUGAACAUCCCAGCCCACAGGCGGCCCGAUGCCGUGGUGGCGAUCUGCUACGAGGCGCAAGCCCGCCUUCGAGACCCUGUCUAUGGGUGCGUUGCCCACAUCUUUGCUCUCCAGCAACAGGUGAUGAACCUUCAAGCCGAGCUUUCAUAUCUACAAGCCCAUCUCGGACCACUAGAGCUACCGACGCAAUCGCCACCAUCCCUUCUUCCAAUGCAGUUGCCGGUCCCCCCUCAUUCUCUCUCUAUAGCUGACCUUCCAAUUCCGUUUGCCUCGCUAUCCAUGCCUGCCCCAUACGAUGUAUCAUCACCUUUUGAUCCAACGACACAUCCAUCUCCAUGGGCUGCCGGCACGCUGCUGCGGAGGACAGUUGAUCCACGUCAAUUCAGUGGCGGUAGCUCAUUACCGAGCACAAUGGGCGAAGGGGAUGGUGAUCUUAGAGCAUUGACAAGCGAACUUCUCGGCACACAAUGCCCUCCCCAACUGCCUGAUGAUUCACCACUGCCGAGCACCUCUGAAAAAGACUAACCUUGAUGAUGGACCCAACGUUUGUUCGAAGCAUUGCAUAGCUCAUACAAGCAACAACGGCUUUUUUCCCAUCUUGUUUCUUGUAGUAGCAAUACCUUCAGCAAGUGAUUAUACUAGUGUUUGUAACUUUUCGGUAUUUGGCUUAGUUCUGUGCCCAUUCUUUUUGAAGAGUUAAAUAGGAGUGUAUGAAUUCGAAAUUGGUUGUGUUGCAUUAACUCCAA